AUGUUUGAAGCUAAAAUCACACAAGGAGAAAUUCUCAAGAAGAUUUUGGACGCCAUCAAGGAACUCGUCAAUGAUGCUAACUUUGAUUGCAACUCGACCGGAAUGGCCCUCCAAGCAAUGGAUACUGCCCACGUUUCUUUGGUCCAUCUCAUGCUCAAGAAGGAUGCUUUUGAAAGAUACAGAUGUGAUAAACAAGUUGUUUUGGGAGUCAAUAUGGCCGUGAUGAACAAGAUGUUGAAAUGUGCCGGAAAGGAUGACUCAAUUUCUUUGAAGGCCACCGAUGAGCCAGGUACUCUUUCUCUCAGCUUUGAAAGCAAAUCAGGUGAAAGAAUGAGCGAAUUUGAAAUGAAGUUGAUUGAAAUUGAUGCUGAACCAUUGGGAAUCCCUGAACCAGACUAUACUGCUGAAAUUACCAUGCCUGCUAGUGAAUUCAAGAAGAUUUGUUCUGAUUUGUCAACCAUUGGUGAUACUGUUACAGUUUCUGCAAACAAGGAUGGUGUUAAAUUCUCAGUGACUGGUGACUCUGGAAAUGGAAGCAUUACUGUGAGAGAGAAUACAAAGGCUGACAAGAGCAAUGAAUCAACAACCAUUUCCUUGAAGGAAUCUGUGAGUUUGACAUUUGCCUUGAAGUAUUUGAAUACUUUCUGUAAAUCUGCUUCUCUCAGUGAUCAAGUUGGUUUGUACCUCUCCAAGGAAUCACCAUUGAUGGUUGAAUUCAAAUUCAGUGAAGAUAGCUACAUUCGUUACUACUUGGCACCAAAGAUUGAUGAAGAGGAUAAUGCUGAUGAAGAAUAA